CGAAGCUUUUAUUUUGACACUUCAGACCGGAAACACAUGCAGUAAUGAGACGUGUAUGAGAAAUCUGUACAUUGAUCGGCUGUCAAUAAUUCAUAAACACUGACCCCUUUUCAGUGAGGCUGACACACAAUUAACCAGACUGUUGAGGAAAGUCCAGCAGUUAAACAUGAAAGUUCUGGAUAAAGACGAGCUGCAGGUCGCUGAACAAGUUUUGCUCCAACACUUACCGAAGAGCUACAAGGUCUACGGUUUCAUACAUGCUAUCAACAGGAACAAACCACCUACACAGCAGCUAGUCGUUGAUUCGUGGCCUGAUUUUAAAGUCAUUAUUUGUCGACCUGAUCCCAUGAACAAGCGUGCCCUGGACUUCAGGAAAAAGGUUUCAUACUACAGCAUGGAUGAACAGAUUUUAAGGAAAAUGCUGACAGAAGAAAAUGCAAUUGACUGGAGCACUUAUUUCCUAAUUGGAGGAUUUGACUUUUCUCAUGCACCUAUGCUCAAGGAAGUGUCCUCUGACAGAAAAGUCAACAACAGAAUCUUUACUUUGGUGCAUCUUUUGCAUUUGCCAGACAUCAACUAUCUGCUCCCACCAGCAGUCGACAGCUUAUGCAUUUUUCUUUACAGUGAGCUUGAGUCAAGGGUUUCAUCUCUUAACCUUUCCCAUGUGGACUUGGUGAAUAAAACAUGGAAGUUUGGAGGGAACGAGCAGAGUUACAUGACCAUUAAAAAUUUCAUCAGCAACUUCCCAUCAGGCUGCAUCACGGAUGGCCAGGGUGAGCCGGUGUCCUGGAUUCUGAUGUAUGAUUACUGCGCCAUGGGUUUGCUGUACACUCUGCCAGAGCACAGAGGAAAAGGCUAUGCCAAAGUGUUGGUCAGCACCAUGGCCAAGAAGCUCCACGCCGAGGGCUACCCAGUGUACUCCUUCAUAGAGGAGGACAACAUUGUAUCUUACAAACUCUAUAAAAACCUGGGCUUCAUUGAGGAUGCCUCUUACAGGGCAGCAUGGUUUGAGUUCAACUUUUGACUUGGCAUCUCUUAAACAUAAGGCAGAUAAAUAUAAACAAGCUUUCUUAACAUGAAAAAAUAUGAUUAAAAUGUAAAGUAUUGCAAGUCAAAGGUGAUUAUACAGAUAUGUAAUGUUUUAUUUUUAAGAUGUUUUCAGUGAUGGAAUUGUAAUCACUCUUGGUCUACAGUACAUUUCAAGAUGGAGUUUAUAAGCUUCCCAAAGCACUACAUUAAACUUGGACCAAAACAGUUUAAGUUUAGUGUAAGAGAUCUUGAUUUAAAUAAAUAAUACAACAAUAAGGACAUUUUUUUCAUACCAUGCAUACCCUACAGUGUCUAAAAGAGAGAUCCAAAUGAAAUUGAGCUGUAUUAAUUUACUCUUUGCUUUCUGUUAGCGCUGAAUAAUUAUAAAAAAUCAAACACAAACAAACAGUACCCUCUAUUACUCUGUAGAGUAGUAGAGGGUACUGUAAAGAUGAGAAACACAUGCAAUAAAUGGAUAAAAUAAAUAAUGUGUUGCUGACAGUGAAGUGUAAAUACUGAGCAGUCACAAGACAAGUUGUAUUAUGAAGAGAGGAGCUGAAUCUGUUACUGUUAUUACCGGAAGAAUGAGGAGGACAUCAGUGCUGCUCUUCCUCACAGUGAUGGAGAGAAAACUCUUCACCUCAGACAACCACAGCUGGAUGUUCAUAUUCUCUGCAGCUCUUAGUCCAUCAGACCAGAUGUUCCCAACAAUCCAGACCAAGACUGGAAGGAAAAGACACUAAUAGUGAACAAAAUAUCUACAAGGUUCAAAUAUCAGAGUGACCACAACAGGGUAUGAAUGUAACACAAUAGACUAUUAUGUUUUUGUCCUAUUUUUUUAAUCUUCUGGAAAUGCUUGUUUUCCUGCUUGAGGCCAAAUAAUAUUUUACUGCCUUAAAUGGACAAUAAAGUUUAUUCUUUUUCA